GGGGCGGGGCCUGGGCGCGGAGCCAGCGGCGGCGACCAGCGGGAGGAGAAAGAACAUGGCGGGCGCGGCGGGGCCCGGGGCCGGCCCGGCGGCAGCGGGCGGCGAUGGAGACGAUUCGCUGUACCCAAUCGCGGUUUUAAUCGACGAGCUCCGCAAUGAGGACGUGCAGCUCCGUCUCAACAGUAUUAAGAAGUUAUCAACAAUUGCUCUAGCACUUGGAGUAGAAAGGACGAGAACUGAACUGCUGCCAUUCCUCACAGAUACAAUUUAUGAUGAAGAUGAGGUACUGUUAGCCCUUGCUGAGCAGCUGGGAAAUUUCACUGGCCUGGUGGGAGGUCCUGACUUUGCCCACUGUCUACUGCCUCCUUUGGAAAGUCUGGCAACUGUGGAAGAGACUGUUGUUCGAGACCGGGCUGUGGAGUCCCUGAGGCAGAUCUCCCAGGAGCAUACGCCUAUUGCUCUGGAAGCUCAUUUUGUUCCUCUGGUGAAACGCCUAGCGAGUGGAGAUUGGUUCACUUCUCGCACAUCUGCAUGUGGUUUGUUCAGCGUUUGCUAUCCCAGGGCCUCAAAUGCUGUCAAAGCAGAAAUCAGACAGCAUUUCCGUUCCUUGUGCUCAGAUGAUACGCCAAUGGUACGACGUGCUGCUGCUUCCAAGUUGGGGGAAUUUGCAAAAGUUUUGGAAUUAGACAGUGUGAACACUGAAAUUGUUCCAUUGUUCACUAAUCUAGCUUCAGAUGAACAGGAUUCAGUGCGCCUUCUAGCUGUGGAAGCUUGUGUCAGUAUUGCCCAGUUAUUGUCUCAGGAUGACCUUGAGUCCUUGGUGAUGCCUACACUUCGACAAGCAGCAGAAGAUAAAUCUUGGCGAGUUCGCUAUAUGGUAGCUGACAAAUUUUCAGAGCUCCAGAAAGCUGUGGGUCCUAAAAUCACCCUAAAUGACCUCAUCCCCGCCUUUCAGAACCUACUUAAAGACUGUGAAGCUGAAGUUCGAGCAGCUGCUGCCCACAAAGUAAAAGAACUUUGUGAGAACUUGCCCAUUGAAGGUAGAGAGACCAUAAUUAUGAAUCAAAUUCUGCCCUAUGUAAAGGAAUUAGUAUCUGAUACCAAUCAACAUGUCAAAUCAGCUCUAGCUUCUGUAAUUAUGGGAUUAUCUACCAUUUUGGGCAAAGAAAAUACCAUUGAACAUCUUCUACCUCUUUUUUUAGCUCAGUUAAAGGAUGAGUGUCCUGAAGUUCGUUUGAAUAUCAUCUCCAAUUUGGAUUGUGUAAAUGAAGUGAUUGGAAUCCGUCAGCUCUCUCAGUCUCUUCUUCCUGCCAUAGUGGAGCUGGCUGAAGAUGCCAAGUGGAGGGUCCGGCUGGCCAUCAUCGAGUAUAUGCCGCUGCUGGCAGGCCAGCUGGGUGUGGAAUUCUUUGAUGAAAAGCUGAAUUCUUUAUGUAUGGCCUGGCUUGUGGACCAUGUAUAUGCCAUCCGAGAAGCUGCCACCAACAACCUCAUGAAACUAGUUCAGAAGUUUGGUACAGAGUGGGCCCAAAAUACCAUCGUUCCGAAAGUGUUAGUAAUGGCAAAUGAUCCUAAUUACUUGCAUAGAAUGACCACUUUAUUCUGCAUUAAUGCACUGUCUGAAACCUGUGGUCAAGAAAUAACCACUAAGCAAAUGCUGCCGAUCGUAUUAAAAAUGGCAGGAGACCAAGUAGCAAAUGUUCGUUUCAAUGUGGCCAAAUCUCUACAAAAAAUUGGACCAAUACUAGACACCAAUGCUUUGCAGGGGGAAGUUAAGCCGGUACUGCAGAAAUUAGGUCAAGAUGAAGACAUGGAUGUCAAAUACUUUGCACAGGAAGCUAUAAGUGUUCUUGCGUUGGCAUAAUGAGGAACAGGAGGGAAAAGCCUUUACAAAGUUCUUAUCACAGACUUCUAGACAUUGUGUUCUUAAACUGGGUGGCGAAAAUAUGGAAAACCUUCAAGAUCUCAUCCAAGCAAAUGGCAGCAACUUAGAAGAAAUCAAAUUUCAGUGACUUGAUUCUUUUAAAGAUGAAAUGGGAUUGUUUUUUACUGCUCUUCCUUGUUGGGAGAAUUAUUUAAAACCCAUUCUUAUUAAUCAAUUCCUGACACUUGGUACAGUCAUCUCGACUGUGUCCUAAUGCUUUAUCUGGCACCAUCAGGGUUCCUGCAUCCUCACUGUUUAGUCAGGCCCCGGCCACUUAAUAUUCUGGGCAGAGCCUGGAUGGGUUUGGAUCCAGACGUGGAGUGGAGUGAUUCUCUUGAUGUUUACAUAUAUCUGUUUGUCUCUCCAUGAUUCCAUAGUUAAAUGUACAUGUUUAGAAUAACUUACUGCAUACAUUUUCUAUUUGGGAGAUACAUUGAGACUUGAUUAUAGUGAAAACCACAUUUUCCUGGAUUAUGAUGGUCUGCAUUGGGGUCAUGAAACAGGAAUGUGGAAGCUCAGGGUUAAUGUAUUGGUUGUUUUGGUUUGUAUUUGCUUGAUUUUGACUGUAAUCAUGUCAUUCAGAAGCCUUUAGUGUGGAUGCAUCUUGCUGCUAAUGUGUGAUGUUGACACUUAAUUUCCACAGCUUACCACUGUGACUGUAUUCAAAAAUACUUCUCUCUUUCCUUAGAAACUUUUAUUUUAGUGCUUCCUAGUAAGCAGGAGUUCUAUUUCAUUGUAAGAUUGCAGUUUUAUGUUUCAAAUGAGUAUAGGAACAACCACAGGUAUAAUACUGAGUAGAUUUCCUACUCCUCUUGGUUCUGUUUUCAGGAGUAUUAACAUCUGGUCCUUGCUACAUUGCUACAUUGUACAGUAGCUUUCCAAAUUGAAGUUUCAUUGCUAUAUUUUUAGUAUGGGUGAUGCUGGAAUCUUAUCAUUUGAAGUGUUUGUUUUUCUACUUUACAGUAAAAACCUCAUUAAUUCUGAAAUUUAAGAUAAUGAGUUAACCUGAGUUUACUGAAGCAAAUUAAUAGCACUUAAGAAAGCCAUUUGAACUACUUAAACAGUUUUAAAGCCGUCUUUAAAAAGCAGCCAUUUACCCUGUGAUAUGCCAAGUAUCAGUCUUUUUAAUCAUAUAAGACCUUCCAUGAGAAUCUGUAGGAGGCCACACCUUUUUAAAAAGAUACAUUCAGUUUACUCUUUAUUCAUACAUAUGUAUGUAUUCUGUGGAGAAGUUAAAUUUUUAAAAAAAAUUUAUGUAUUUCACGUAAUCGAACUGACCUUACCUCUAAUGAAUUCUAGUUAAUGAGGUUUUACUGUAGCUUAUUUUUCUCUCUGUGCAUCUUGUUAAAUAGUUGCUUGUUUUCAUUUUGGUUUUUGAAUUGCUGAUUUCAUUUACAACCUCUUAAAUCUCGGGAGCCCUGUUCUGGUUUUUGAAGGUCCAAAAGACUCCUAUAAAACUUUGCACAUUAAAUAAUUAUAUAAAACCAAGUUGACUAAAUACUUUUAACUUUGUCAUACCUUAGAAAAACAGAACAGAAAUUUUAAAUCAGAAGUUAUCUGCCUGCAUUUUAGACUGCCAAAUUACCUUGUAGUAAGUUUCCAUUUUAUACCUUUGGGCCAAGGAUUAAAUAUUUUCCUAAGAAAAAGUCUUUUUCUACACUCUCAUUUUAAUGUCUUAAACUAUUAUGCUAUAAACAUUUUAAAUUUUAGUUUCAUGGUUCUUUAUUUAUUAUGACCUGCAAGUUAUGUUUCUCUUCAUUGAAUUUCAUAUGUGAGAGACUUUGUCUUGAUGCUUGAAACAAUUUGCAUUGGAACCAUUGCUUUACUCUUUAUUGGAUAUGCCAUUUUCAUUGGUUUGGGGAUAGACUUAAGAGGCCCUUGUGUACCCCCCUGGGGAACCCUGUGCAUGGACUGUUUAAGGGAGAGACAAUAGCUCUUGAUUGCUCAAGCAUGGGUCAUGGAGCUCAGCUAGGGCCCUGUCUCUUGGGAGUCAUGGUGAGGGACUUCAUUGUUUCUUUCUGACUUAAGUAAUAGGGAAUCCUUUUGUUAACUAUUAAGAGUUGUUCUUUAGUUGAUUUUAUCCAUGGAUUAGUUUUCGUAUCUUGAUUUCACUAGAAUAUAAGCUCUAGGAGUUCUGUAAGGGCAGGGAUUUUUGUCUGUUUUGUCUUCUGUAUCGCCAGUACCUGGAACAGUGUCUGGUGUACAUAAUAGGUGCUCAAUAAAAAUGUGUUCUAUGAAUGAAUUUCUAAAAUCUGUCCUCUGGUGUGUUGCAUGCGUGGAACAAGUCAUCAAAAGUACCAGAUUGUAUCUCAUUUUCUCAUCGACAUAAUUAAAGAUUUUUCUGCUCUUAGGAAACAAGCUUUAUGUGGCCCUUCUCCAGUCCCCUGGCUUAGGCAACAGUUCUAUGUGGAUUUCUCUGAUUGCCUUCAGCAUACAUUGCUGUUGUUUUUCAUCCUAGUAAGUUUCCAUCAAUUGUUUGGUUGAUUAGGAAAGUAAAGCAGAGACACACACACACAUAACCUAUGCCAAUAAAAAUGUCUCAGCCACAGUGGAA